AUGGCCCCCAAACUGAUCACCGUCCUGUGUCUGGGAUUCUGCCUGAACCAGAAGAUCUGCACACAUGUGGGUGCUCAGGACAAGUUCUCCCUGUCAGCCUGGCCGAGCCCUGUGGUUCCCCUAGGAGGACGUGUGACUCUCUCCUGUCAUUCCCAUCUUCGGUUUGUCAUAUGGACAAUAUUCCAAACAACUGGGACCCGAAGCCAUGAGUUGCACACUGGCCUUUCCAACAACAUCACCAUCAGCCCUGUGACCCCAGGACACGCAGGGACCUACAGAUGUGCUGGAAUUUACAAGCACACCUCAAAGUGGUCAGCUGAGAGCAACUCCCUGAAGAUCAUCGUCACAGGCUUGUUCACAAAACCCUCCAUCUCAGCGCACCCAAGCUCCCUGGUGCACGCAGGAGCCAGGGUGAGCCUGCGCUGUCACUCAGAACUGGCCUUUGAUGAAUUUAUCUUAUACAAAGAGGGGCACAUACAGCAUUCCCAGCAGCUUGACCAGGGGAUGGAGGCUGGGAUCCAUUACGUCGAGGCUGUCUUUUCCAUGGGUCCUAUAACGCCUGCCCAUGCAGGAGCCUACAGGUGCUGUGGUUGUUUCAGUCACUCCCGCUAUGAGUGGUCGGCUCCCAGUGACUCCCUGGACAUUGUAAUCACAGGAAAGUACAAAAAACCUUCUCUCUCCACCCAGGUGGGCCCCAUGAUGAGGCUGGGAGAGAAGUUGACCCUCUUCUGCAGCUCUGAAAUCUCAUUUGACCAGUACCAUCUGUUCAGAGACGGGGUUGCUCAUGGACAGUGGCUCAGUGGAGGGCAGAGACAUAGGGGAGCAUUCCAGGCCAACUUUUCUGUGGGCCCCGCAAUGCCAGUCCCUGGCGGGACCUAUAGAUGCUACGGCUCCUUCAAUGACUCUCCCUAUGAGUGGUCAGCCCCCAGUGACCCGCUGCAACUUUACGCCACAGGAAACACUAAGAGUACUCCUCUGUCAUUCACGGAAUCCACCCCUGAAUCUGACACACAUCACCCUCAAGGACAGUCCAGCAACCUGCAUAUGCUCACUGGACUCUCAGUAGCCAUCAUCUCCAUUGGCAUUUGCCUCUCUGCUUUUAUUGGUUUCUGGUGUUACAUAAAAUAUCACACCACCAUGGCAAACACAGAGCCCAUGGAAGGCCAACGGACAGAUGAAGAGGAGCCUGCAGUAGAAGAGACACAGGAGAUCAUAUAUGCCCAGUUAAACCACCAGGCCCUCUCACAGACAGGAUUCCCUCCUGCCUCCCAGUGUCCCCACUACCUCUCGGAGGAGCCUAGUAUCUACAUCACUGUCCACCAAGCCCAGGCUGAGGCCAGAGCUGCCCCCAGUCUUUGGCACAAAAGGCAUUAA